AAAAUGAGGAUAUUGGAUUGGGCUAUUCUAAAAAAAAACUAUUUAAAGAAAUAACGUUUCAAGAUCAAGAAGAAGCAUUUGAUAUGUUAACCCUAUAUUCUCAACAUAAAGGGUUUAAACUAAGAAAAGAAUGUGUUGAGAAAACUUCUAAUGGAACUAUAUGA